CUGGGCUGUGUGGGGAGGAGGAAGAGGCGGCAGAGGAGGAAGGAGGAGCCGCCGCCGCCGCUCCCCGGGCCGGCGCCGGGGAUGGUGUUGGCCGCGGCUGCCGGGCCCUGACGCCGCGCUCAGGUGGGAAGCAGCAGGGAUGCUAACUCUGGCAAGCAAGCUGAAGCGGGAUGACGGCGUCAGAGGCCCCCGUGCGCCCAACCCGGCGGCGGACUCCACGCGCAGGGUGUCCGUCCGGGACAAACUGCUCGUUAAAGAGGUUGCAGACCUUGAAGCUAAUUUACCUUGUACAUGUAAAGUGAAUUUUCCUGACCCAAACAAGCUCCAUUACUUUCAGCUAACUGUAACCCCAGAUGAGGGCUAUUACCAAGGGGGCAAGUUUCAGUUUGAAACUGAAGUUCCUGAUGCCUACAAUAUGGUGCCUCCAAAGGUAAAAUGUUUGACAAGAAUCUGGCACCCAAACAUUACAGAGACAGGAGAAAUCUGCCUAAGUUUAUUGAGAGAACACUCAAUUGAUGGCACUGGCUGGGCCCCAACUAGAACCUUAAAGGAUAUUGUCUGGGGGUUAAACUCUUUAUUUACUGAUCUUUUGAAUUUUGACGAUCCUUUGAAUAUUGAGGCUGCAGAGCAUCAUUUGCGUGACAAGGAGGACUUUCGGAAUAAAGUGGAAGAUUACAUUAAGCGCUAUGCGAGAUGAUGAAGGGAGAUGGAUGGCAGGACCACGGCUCCAGAGCUGUCCUGAGCCUCAACAGCAGCCAAAGCAGCCUGGGUUGUACCAGUCCUGUGUCCAUGUUGUACUGAAGAAGAAAACUAACUUCAUAACCUGUCCAUGUUAAAGGAGAGUUCAGCAAGAAAUUGUUGUCUGUUGGUUGAAAAAGUUGUCUGCUUCCUUUUACAAAUGUUUACUCUUCUGAACUGUACUGUAUAUCCUGUUGAUGAGAUAUGCUUGAGAAGUUAAAAGAAGUCACUAUUGAAAUUGUAAUUACACCUUUUUUUUUAACUCUUGCCUGAUGUCGAGGGGGGGGAAGGAAAAAAAGGAAAAAAGCAAACCCAAACAACCCAAGCAGAAAAGGUGGUGUGUUUUUGGAACACUUCGAGUUGGCAAUAAAUGGUCUCCUGUGAACCAAA